GGAGGCCACUGGCAACUAUUGCAAUAGAGAGAGAGAGAGAUUAAAAAUAUAGCUUGUGAGAAAUAGGUAUUAAAUCUUUAGGAAUUGGAACAGCAGUGUUUAAUUAUAAGGGAUACAGGGUUAGGGAAUAGGAUGGAGAUAGGCUGUACUGCACACUCCAGACCAGUAGGUGGCGGAAACGCGCCAUAAUGUUUGAUGACAACUUUCUUGAUUCCAAGAAGAAGAACAAGACGCAGAAGAAGACGCCUGUUGCUUCUAGUUCGUUUGGCAGACGAGACUGACUAGCUUCAGGAUUCUAGACUUGAUCUCCUUGGCUGAGCUGCUGCCAUCAUGGGAGAGAGAAAAGGAGUGAACAAAUAUUACCCUCCAGAUUUUGACCCUGCUAAGCAUCGCUCUAUCAAUGGCUACUGGAACACUCAUCCACUGCGCGAGAGAGCCAGGAAGCUCUCGCAGGGCAUCCUCAUUAUCAGGUUUGAGAUGCCCUACAAUAUCUGGUGCGACGGCUGUAAGAAUCACAUAGGCAUGGGGGUUCGAUACAAUGCGGAAAAGAAGAAAGUGGGCAAUUACUACACUACGCCAAUAUACAGGUUCAGAAUGAAGUGCCACCUGUGUGUGAACUACAUCGAGAUGCAGACAGAUCCAGCCACGUGCGAUUACGUCAUCGUGAGCGGCGCGAGGCGCAAAGAGGAGAGGUGGAACAUGGCUGAAAAUGAACAAAUACUCACCACCGAACGCACUGAGAAGGAAAAGCUAGAGACCGAUCCCAUGUACAAGCUGGAUCACGGCGGGAAAGACAAAGAGAAGCUUCGUGCCGCCAUUCCAUCUCUCUCCGAGCUGCAAGAGCACCAGGCUGGAUGGAAAGACGACUUUGAGCUCAACAGCGCCCUCCGCAGGAAGUUUAGGGAUGAGAAGAAGGUCAUAUGUGAAGAGGAGGAGAAAGAUAACGCCGUGAGGAAGAGGCUGGGUCUGUCUAUACCUUUGGUACCGGAAAAGGACGAGGACAAAAAGCUUGCCUCGUUACUCACCUUCCAGAGCCCUGACUCAUAUGAGGGUAGACAGCAUACAAAGAGGCAGCAGAUCGCCUCUCGCUCCUGGUUUUCUCCGUCUUCCUCCACUCCAUCGGGGAGCGCUGUGGGAAACCUCCUGAACAAACUGGGCCAGAAGGGCAGAGACGCCGCCGCUGCCAGAGCUCUUAACGCCACUCCAAGCAGCUCUCUCGUCCGCAGGAGGUCAGAUGGUGGCGGCACGGUUGUCGAUAAUGCCAGCCUGACAUCAUGUUCCAGCCAGGCGUCUGUUUCAUGCCCCAACAUCGCCGCUUCAGACUUGGAAAAUGCUGAUUCGUUUCCCGUACACUGCUUAGAGGAGACACAGGACACCUGUAGACUAACCACAGAGGAGCACGCUGGAAAGCCAGCUCCAGAGGUGCAUUGUGGGACGGAAAGGCACAGUAGCAUUGAAUCCUGCUCUGCAAAGUCACUAGUGGCAGAUUACAGUGACUCAGACUCCGAAUCGGGUCAGUGAAGAAGCAAGGGAAUGGACUGAAAUCACAACUGCACACAUCGCAGCCCAUCUGAUCAAAAAAAGAAAUAAUUUAUCAACUUUAUAAACUCCGUCAAAACUUUAUAAACUCCGUCAUGGGCUCCGACAAAACUGUACAAAUAGGACGCUCGCAGUGGUUUCGGAAAGUUUGUCAUCAUUAAAAUUGUCACAUCGCCUGCCUGUACAUGAUAUUUAACUAUUAUACAGUCAGUUGUAGAAUUAUUGGCACCCUUCAUUGUCUAAAAUGUACGUUACACCUAAUUAUUUAUAUUUGCAGCAACUUCUACUGUGACUUAAUGCAAUAGAUUGAAACAUGCCCUAUCUCACAAUUGCUACUGUUGUAUAAGGUGUAAUAAUAAAUCAAUAGUAGUGUUUAUCGAGGUCUUCCAGUAAAUGUGUUAUCUGUGUUUGCAGAGAGAUGCUGAACCUUGGAACUGUCAGCAAAAAAAAAAAAAAAUUGAUAGUGGGCUUGUCAUUGUAGAUUAUUGGUUUAAUUUGUGCCCCAGAUAGUCAGUUGGAUUCAGAUAUAGGGUAAUGGAAACUAUCCUUAAAGCAGGUCAGGACCUUCAGACUUCCCUGUAGAGAUUACACACUCAUGGUUCUUAGUAAAUUGAUGUUCAUGACAUUAUGUUCAUUUCCUAAUCAUUCCUAUUUUACUCAUUUUUUUUACUUACAGAACAUUUUCACAGUUGCUAGUCUUGGCAUUGAAGUCCGCACACCACUAUUAGCAUGUACUCAUUUCAUUUCAUUUUUAUUUCCAUUGUUCUGCUGUAAAAUUUUGCUGAACCCCGUGCCCAUUGUAGCCUCAGUUUCCUGUUCCUGACUGACAGGAGUGAAACCCGAUGUGGUCUUCUGAUGCAGAUCAGAGAUUCAACUGUAAAAACUAGGCAUGUCCGGAUUUUUUUUUUCUUCAAUUUUUGUUACAAUAUGAAUAUUCAGUACUGACAUUGGCUAUUAGCUUGAGGCUAUUUUCAAGCCAACAGCUCAAGUAUCGUUUUUGACAUGCCGAGAUUUAAACAGGAAAAUCACAUGACCUCUGAAGUUUGAAUCUAUGUUUAUUUGUGGUUUCAUAGUAGAUUAAAAUCUGAUUUCUGGACAGUUUUAUUUCUUAAAUCCAAACGUUGACUGGCUAAACUGAGCCUUGAAUCUGAAAUGUGACUCAAAUCUGGUAAAAUUGUGAGGUUUUUUUUUUUUUUUUUAAAUUUAGGCUACAGAAACUCUUUCCUGCUCCAAUCAGAUUUGAGCUUUCUGUCUAACAGAGCCAAAAAACAGUAAUGAGGGCAGGUCAGAAAUCUCUAUGUUGCAUUUUUUUUUAACGGAAGCAAGUGUUACAUCAAAUCCUUAAAUCUUUCUUGUUCAUAGUCCAGUUUCUGAUGGUAAUGAGUCCAUUAUAUUCAGACAAGAUUUGUUUUACAGUUGAUAUUAGUCAGUGUUUCUGUCAAUACAAAUACCUAGUAUGUUGUGUGCAACAAGUCUUAGGUAGAGUGAACCAGAUCAGCCUUUUACACUGUUUGUUUUGUUUUUUUUCCAAUAAAAUAAAAAGUCACAAACGUUUCUCACUUCA